AUGUCUGUAGGGAAUUACAAGACGUACGUCUGCGAUGGCGUUGAGAUCAAGGACUUGCAGGGUCUCAUUCUAGCUGAGCUCACAUUCACCUUCAUGGAGCAAUUGGGAACCUACAAGACCUUGGGCUACCAAUUGGAUAACGGCGUCUUGCAACGUGUACACAAGCAUCUUCAGGCAAAGGGUCUAGAGAAUGCUGGCAAGAUAGUGCCGCCCUCAAAGAAGAAGAAGAAGCACAAGUUCGAUGCGGAGCCAGACUCGACAGGAGGGUUCGGACAGCCUACGAGAAAGAGUAGGCGACUUGAGCGGAAAGCUGCAAUGCCGGUAUACCCACCAACACCCGAGUUCAACCUUCAGCGACCAGCACAGUCUCCUCUCGGUGUACCACUGCUAGAAUUGUCGUCAGCAGACUCAGCGCCCCAAACAGCCGCUUCGAUGGAGAUUCAUCCUGCAAGAAUGAGUAUGAUGCAGCAAGACACCAAGUACGAGGUAGAGGAGUAUGUCGAGCCAAUUUACCGCAAAGUAACCGGCGAGAAUGGGUCUGCUCUGCCAUUCAAUCGUCUCGAGGCUGGGAAAUCAUCGACCAUUCCCAUUCGAACAGAAGUAUACCAGUAUGGUGACCGCAAAGACUCCGCAAUCGAGAUCAAUACCAGUCCUUCCGAAGUCCUGAGCGAGACCGACAAGUUUCUGUCCGAAUUUCAGUAUCCUCCCUCCGGUACAUCUGUCAGCCUUCCUCCAGCAAUCGAGCAUCAAUCGGCUGUGACCGAUGUCACCAGUGCUCCGGGGGUGCACCUGAUACUUGAGCAGGUUGACCUCUCGGCAACUGAAAGUGACAUUCGAGCCCUGUUUGCGCUUUACAAUGUCAAAGCAGUCAUCAUGAUGAAUUCCUACCUACUCAUGAAACCUACUGGCCAUGCUUGUGUGGAGAUGGAGUCGUCUGCGGAAGCUGAGAAGUUGCUGUCUGAUGCGAAGAGCCGGACCUUCACUCUUUACGAUAGAGAGAUAAUUCUGAAGCAAGCUUAG